GCGGAUUAUUAAGGUGCAGCGUCCCGUUGCCCGAGUUCUUUUAGCAAUGCUUAAGUCAGAACGUAGUCACAGAUAGACUAUACUGUAGAGAUCUGUGGACUAAUUACGCUAAGCAGCUGAGAAAGCGUGGAAGGAUUUAAGAGAGUGACAAGUAUAUAUAGAGGUUGGGUGUGCUCUGGUUGAACGAGAAAGUUAUUGAGAUGAGUUUGAUACAACGACAGUUGAGAAUACGACCUCUGAGGUUUUUGAUCAAGAAUAAUUACUUUGCGAAGGGUUUGACAUAUUCGACGUUGUCUACUAUUGGUGCAAGAAGCCGAACAAUAAGCAAGACUGCAAGAUCAGUAUCAUCACAGCUGAGACAUAUCACGAUGCCUUCCAGCGAAGAGACCAAAAUCACCGACUGGGUCAAGCCCGGCGACAAGACCGGCGAGUUCAAGCGUCAAGUCAGCUCAUUCCGCAACUGGAUCUCCCGCGAAGCCGGCGCCCAGUUCCCCCCGGAGGCAGGCCGCUACCACCUCUACGUCAGCUACGCCUGCCCCUGGGCGCACCGCACGCUCAUCACCAGGAAGCUCAAGGGCCUGGAGGACAUCAUCUCCUUCUCGGUGGUGCACUGGCACCUGGGGCAGAAGGGGUGGCGGUUCGCGACCGCGGAGGACCAGGACGCUCCGGGCGAGAAUGUGAUUCCGGAUCCUCUGCACGAGGGCUUCACGCAUAUCCGGGACGUAUACUUUGAGUCGGACAAGGAGUAUGCGGGCCGAUUUACGGUGCCGGUGCUGUAUGAUAAGAAGACGCGGCAGAUUGUCAACAAUGAGAGCAGCGAGAUUGUCCGCAUGCUGGGGACAGAGUUUGACGACCUCAUCGAGGAAAAGUACCGCUCCGUGGUCCUCUACCCAGAGAACCUCCGCAGCCAGAUUGACGAGACGAACGAGUGGACGUACAACCUCAUCAACAACGGCGUCUACAAGGCCGGCUUCGCCACCACGUCCGAAGCCUACGAAAAGGCCGUCAUCGCGCUCUUCGAAGCCCUCGACCGCGCAGAGCAGCACCUCGCCUCCGUCGCGGACCAGGGGCCCUACUACUUCGGCAGCGCCCUCACCGAGGCCGACAUCCGGCUGUACGUGACGCUGGUGCGCUUCGACCCCGUGUACGUGCAGCACUUCAAGUGCAACAUCCGCGACAUUCGCAGCGGGUACCCGCGGCUGCACCGGUGGAUGCGCAACCUGUACUGGGGCAACGCGGCGUUUGGGCAGACGACGCAGUUUGAGCACAUCAAGUGGCAUUACACGAGGAGCCAUACGCAGAUCAACCCGUUCAGCAUCACGCCUGUUGGGCCGGUGCCGCAUAUUCUGCCGUUGGAGGAGGAGGUGCGCGCUGUGGUGGCGAGGGUGUAA